AUGCUACCACAAACAACAACAAGUGGACAAAAACCAUCAGUACAACAACCAGAAUGGUUCAAACCACAAGGAAGAGACACUGGUAUUGAAGUGUACAAUUCCUUGACUUGUCAGAAGGAAAAGUUCAUCUUACAAGACAAUAGUAAUACCAUUACUUGGUACACUUGUGGUCCAACAGUUUAUGAUUGGAGUCAUAUGGGACAUGCCAGAACCUAUGUUGGUUUUGAUAUUGUUCGCAGAAUUUUGGAAGAUUAUUUCAACUUUAAUGUUAUUUAUAUUGAAAAUAUUACCGAUAUUGAUGAUAAGAUUAUCAAGAAGAACUUUUUGUCUGUUCCACGUUAUUAUGAACAUUUGUUCUGGGAAGAUAUGAAACAACUUCAAGUCAAGACACCAACAGUUCUUGUUAGAGUUACUGAACAUAUUGAUGAAGUUGUUAGUUUUAUUCAACAAAUUAUUGAUAAUGGUUUUGCUUAUGAAGAAGGUGGAAAUGUUUACUUUGAUGUUGAAGCUUUCCAACAAAAUCAAAAACAUGUUUAUGGUAAAUUGGAACCAUGGAAUGUUAAUUGUGAAGAACGUUUGAUGGAUGGUGAAGGUGAAUCUGAAACUGAAAAGAAAGUUUUUAAAAAGAAAUCAAAGAAGGACUUUGCUUUGUGGAAGACCUCAAAGCCAGGUGAACCAGAAUGGGAUAGUAAAUGGGGUAAAGGUAGACCUGGAUGGCACAUUGAAUGUAGUGCUAUGGCUUGUUAUGCACUUCAACAAGCUGCUAAAUUGGCUGGUAGAUCUGCUAAUGAUGCUACUUUGGAUGUUCACUGUGGUGGUAUCGACUUGAAGUUCCCUCACCACGAUAAUGAACUUGCUCAAUCUGAAGCUUAUCUUGGUUCAAGACAAUGGGUCAAUUAUUUCCUUCACACUGGUCACUUGUCCAUUGAUGGAAUGUCCAUGUCUAAAUCAAAGAAGAACUUUAUUACCAUUAGACAAGCUCUUGAAAAGUACACUGCUCGUCAAAUCAGAAUGAUGUUCCUCUAUCGUAAAUUUGAUGAUGAAAUGGAAUAUUCUGAAACAACUAUGGAAUAUGCCAAGUCUAUUGAAAAAUCAUUCCAAGAAUUCUUUGGUAAUUUAAAGAUUAUUUUCAGAGAUUAUGUUACCAAGACUGGUAAGAGUAUUGAAAAAUGGGAUCAAGCUGAUUUUGAAUUGAGUGAAACCUUGUCAAAGAGCAAACUUGACGUUGAUACUGCUUUGAGAAAUUCAUUCGAUACCAUUAAAUGUAUGAUAACUCUCCAAUCUUUGAUCAAGGCAACUAACACUUAUUUGGAAAAGAAGAAUUAUCCAAGUGUUCCACUUUUGAAGCAAGUUGGUUACUAUGUCACUAGAAUUUUCUCAGUUUUUGGUUUGGUUGAUGGUGUUGAUACAUUCGGUUUCCCAGUUUCUGGAGGUGAAAGCUAUGAAGAAAAUGUUGCUCCAAUCAUUAAUGCUCUCUCUGACUUUAGAUCUGAAAUUAGAAACAUUGCUCGUGACAAGAAUGACAAGAAGGAACAAAGAAUUUUACAAACUUGUGAUUCUUUGAGAGAUGAUGUUCUUCCAGGUCUUGGAAUUAGAUUAGAAGAUAAGAAGGAAACAACAUCUUGGAAGUUGGCCGAUAAGAAUGAACUUUUGAGAGAAAGAGAAGAAAAGAAAGCAAAUGAAAAACAAGCCAAACUUGAUGCUCUCAAGAAAUCUGAAGAAAAACUUGCCACUGCUCAAAAAGAAUACGAAACAUCAUUGAUUGAUCCACUCGAAUUUUUCAAACAAGGAGAAUAUGCUUCCCAGUUCUCUGAAUGGGAUGAAACUGGCCUCCCAACUAAGGAUAAGGAUGGUGUCGAAGUGACAAAGAGUGCCAAGAAGAAUCUUUCUAAGGCUCUAGAUAAACAAAAGAAACUUUUCACUCAACAAGAAGCCAAGAAAAAGGCUGUCCAAGAUGCAGAGACUUUGGUUCACAAGAAUGGGCUUGCUGUUACAGAACUUAAAUAAAUAAACUAGAAAUAUUCUUUUC